UGGAACUUGCUCAGUUGAAAUGCGAAGUUGGCGAGCACAAGACGCGAGCGUCGGUCUAUCUCACAAAACAAGACAAAACCAUAACAAAAUUCAACACGACAUCGUACUUAAAAUCCAAUACAAUUCUCAAACUCGUUGCUGUUAUUGUCAUAAUCAAAUUAACACCCACACGCACAUGAGACAUUUGCCAUAACAACGCCACUUUUGCCUUUAUUUUGCCUUAUUGCCUAGCUGUGAUUUGCAUAAUUAACGCUAAUCGAAUUCGCCUCGUGCCUUGUACAAAAGAACUGAAAACUCAUGCUGUCAGCUAACGUUAUUGUUGUUUCUGCUCGUUAUUAUUAUUGCUCUUGUUGCUGUUGUCUGUGAUUAAAUUGUGCCAAAUCCAAAAAAGAAAUACAAAAAGAAAAGUUUAAACAAUUUGCAAAAGUGUGAAAUAUACAAUAGCGCAUACAAUAUACCUAAAUCUAUAUAAACCAUGAUCACCAUGAACGAACUGGUCGAUCUGCGCAUGCAGCAGCACAUCGCCCACGAGAUUUAUCGCCAGCAGAUAAUGCAACGCAUACCAGAUCCCUUUCCGCCGAUGUUGCCCAUACCGAUGCCGCGACACGUGAUAAUGCCUCCGCGUGUCUCGUUGCCCGGCGUGGAGAUGACGCUGCAGAACGAUGAGCUCUGGAAGCAAUUCCAUCAGAUUGGCACGGAAAUGAUCAUCACAAAAAGCGGCAGACGCAUGUUUCCCUCGAUGCGCCUCAGCGUUUCAGGUCUCGAUGAGGAGACCAACUAUUGUGUCCUGCUCGAGAUGGUGCCCAUUGGCGACUGUCGCUACAAGUUCUCCGGCUCCCAAUGGGUGCCAGCUGGCGGCGCCGAGCCACAGAGUCCUCAACGCAUGUAUCUGCAUCCGGAUAGUCCGGCAACGGGCGCCCAUUGGCAGGCUCAGCCCAUUUUAUUCAACAAAGUGAAGUUGACGAACAACACGCUGGACAACAGCGGACAUAUCGUCUUGGCCAGCAUGCACAAGUAUCAGCCACGUUUGCAUGUCAUACGCACCGCGGACCUGGCCCAGAUUCCUUGGGCGCCCCAACAGGCUUUUGUGUUUGCCGAAACGGAAUUCGUGGCUGUGACAGCUUAUCAGAAUGAUCGCAUCACAAAGCUGAAGAUCGACAACAAUCCAUUUGCCAAAGGUUUCCGCGAAACUGGACAAUCACGCUGCAAACGCAAAAUGUCUUCAUCGCCAACAGAUGACGAUCAAGAUCACCAUGCCCAGACAUCCUCUGGCUCGCUUGACAUGUCGCCAGGCAAAUUCACAGCGACAGCCAGAUCGGGAUCAGCCUCGACAUUCACAUCCACAUCCACAUCAGCAUCGGCCUUAGUGGAGGCAACUUCAACAGCAACAGCAACAGCAAUAACAUUGCACAACAGCGAACAGGAUGGUCCACAAAUUAAGCGACUGAGAUCAAAUGGUUCCGCCUGUUCGUUAUCAUCAUCGCUCGAUGGCGCUGAGUUGCCUGCGGCUCAGUUCCCAGUUGGCGCCAGCAGCAUUGGCUCCCCUCCACCUCCACCUCCACCUCCGCAUCAACAGGCCACCACCAGCGCAUUCAUGCAGCAUUUCCAGCAGAACAUGCAGAGCUUGCUGCGACCCUCGCUCGUUGAUCUCGCCUGCACUUAUUUUGGCCGGCCACCACACGAGUACAAUGGGCCAACAAUGACGACGACUGCGACGUCGUCUCCACAUCUGUAUGGGCCAACGUCGAUUUUGCAAGCUGCUUUGCCUGCACUUCCGGUGCUUGGUUUGCCGCACAGCUUUUCCGUUGUGGAUGAGACGACAACCGAUGAGCUGGAACUGGAUGUGGGCAGCGAGACAACACAAACUACAUCGCAUUCUCCACUGCAGCAGCAGCAGCAACAGCAACAGCAACAGCCAACUCCUGAGGCGCCCAGCAAACGCAAAGGCUUCAGCAUUUCGGCUAUACUGGGAGGUGGGAGUUAGUUUACAUUUUUUAGAUUCUUUCUUUUUUUAAGUUGUACAAAUUUAAGUUUAAUUUGGCCUGAUUAAUGUUUAAGCUAUCUUUAAGUGGACACAAUAAAAAUAGUUUUCCGUAG